AUGAAGAUGAAUUGCCGUCUGCUGUGCGUCCUGUUGGCACUCGCACUCUGCUGCUGCCGUUCGGGCGUGUCUGCCACUGGGAAGAGUGUCUCUGGGCCGAAAGUUCCGGGGUUGAAGUUCGUGCCGGUGGAUGUGCCAGUGGUGUUGUGUAAGGCCGAGGCGAAUAAGCUGCGCUGGCGCUUUCCCGGGGAGACGGCGUGGAAAGACUGUGCAGGUGAGCUUGAAAGUCACAGUUAUCAAAUCGUCACAACUCCUGCAGGCGCUGGACACGGCACGGAGUACACCAUCGCAGGGGGUGGAUACACUCAAGGAGUUGAGGAGGAAAUCAUAAUUGAUGCAACGUACGGUGGAAAAGAAAGUGAUAUUACUACCUCCAUUUGCCUAACCGCUGCAACGAACUACGGAAGUUCAGAAAAAUUGACUGCGUGCACUGAAAAUACUGGAGAAACGGCUUUCUUUGUGAUGAAUUAUACAACCAACCAGAGCAGUCACGUGUACAAGAAGUGGACAACGUCAAGCGGGUACAACAAUUGGGUCCAACAGCAGCAGGCUGCAAAAACGUCCAGUGCGGCGGUUGCGCCAAAGACUCCAGUGGCUCAAGAAGAAACUCAAGCAGGCACUCCGGGUGUGACUGGCCCAUCUGGUGCUCCUUCAACUGAAACACCGGAGGAAAACGCAGCCGGCAAAUCCGGGGCAGCUCAGGGUGGUAACGCCGUGGAGGGUGCAAGUCGUCCGGAGACACCAGAAACACCCGCCGUGCCGGAGGGUAAUGUGAAAGCGAAGGAAGCACUGGGCCCCGCAGCUGCUUCCUCUGGCACCGCCAAAAGCAGUGCACGGGGGCGUACUGCAGGUGGUGCGGACAGCAGCGGCGUCAUCACUGCGUGGGUGCAAGCACCGCUGGUGCUGCUGCUGCCGCUGGUUGUGUCCGCGGUCGUAUGA